UGCAAGCAUCCAGAGGCAAAGACAACGUUAUGCCUUUCCUGGCCUUGUUGGCCUAGCCUACCAUUGUCUUUUGAGCAUCGCACUGAACCAAUUCGAGGAUGGGAUGAUGCAAAUCCCAGGUCAUGUUUCCCAGUGAGGUCAUAAGCUAGCCGACUUCCCACGCUUCCCGGCUUUACGUCACCGCUCCCAAGCCCAGCGCUCAUAAACAAGGUCGAUGCUCUUUGUGAGCAUUUUCUGCAUGCUUCCCUCCCUGUAUCUCAGCAUUAUCGUGCUGUAGUAAUCUUAAUACACUCGACCGUUGCGACGAAUCGUCUUGACCAUACUCACAAUGGCCGGCCCUGCUAGACCCCUUCUCGCCAUCGUCUCGCUCAUCUUGCUCGCCGGUGGCAUACUGCUCCAGUUCUUCACCAUCUUGUCCGGCGCCGUCAACAGCAGUCCCAUCGAUCGCUUCUACUUCCUUCAGGCAUCGACAAACAACAUUGAAAACGCACGCAACCCUUCGCGAUGGACCUUCUUCGCCAUCUGUGGCCGCGACCCGACCACUGGAUAUAAUGCCAACUGUGGAAACAUCGUGCCUGCGCUGCCAUUCGACCCGCCGAGAAACUUUGGCACGCAGGAGAAUGUCCCAGAGCAGUUUAUUGGCACGCAUACGUUCUACUACCUCUCCCGGUUCAUGUUUGCCUUCUACCUGGUUGCCCUCUUCUUCGCUGCCAUUGCCCUCGUCUCUGGCCUCUUGGCGCUCUGCAGUCGUCUCGGUGGCUACCUCUCCGCCAUGACAACAGCUGUGGCCCUUUUUUUCCAGACACUGGCUGCUGCUCUCCUAACCGCUUGGGUUAUCAAAGGUCGCAAUGCCUUCCGCUCUGGAGGCUUUGAAGCAAACGUCGGCAAAUACCUCUUAGCUUUUGCUUGGGCUUCCAUGGCUGCCUUCUUCGUGGCAACGAUUCUUUUCUGCCUAGGUGGAAAGCUCGGCGGCGACCGCUCAUCAGGCGUCAAACGUACCCGAUCGACCCGGUCGAACCGUAGCCGGGGGAGCUUUAUAGACACCGACUCGUCACGCCGGGUCAAGGACGACUACUCGUAAAUGAAAGUUGGGGAAGGAUGAGAGAACUACGAUUAAGGAGAGAUUGGAAGAUAUAUACGAUAUCCACGCCAUAUUUGUCAAGUAUGAAUAAUGUUUAUAGCGCGAGCGAUGGAGCAAGGAGUACCUAAGCGAUUGUAGAUACGCUCAGCCGAAUGAUGUGUUAAUAAUCUUUGAAAGUCAUGUUCCUCAGACAUCUUGUGAAUUCUACCAACUACUCAAUGUCCUCAUCAAUCAUCAUGCUGAUUACGCCUCCACUACUUUGAAAAUAAGACAACCAGA